CCUCACACUUGCCCGGCACGCCGACACGCCUACGUAAUUAAUUCCUACCGGACUAUGUUGUUCAACCCUCUUUGCUCCUCGUGCUCACCUUGGACUUGAAUCGUCCCAAGAACGAAUCCUGAAGUACACAGCAGAUCUUUGUCCCGGGCCAACAAAAAGCAGCCUUUCGUUCCAGAUGGCGUCAUGAACCGAUCAACUAACUGCCUUUCUUCUUCCUCUUGCCUUCCGAACCGGCCUGGACUUGCGUGCACCGAUUUCACGUUCUUCCAUCUGUUGUCACCAUCUAGCCUUUUGUUGAGGCUUUAGAUCCACGAAAAUCUAUCAGACUCUCGAGGCAGCAACCAUGACCGACUCGUCGCCGUCACCCUUCUCAACUCCCAAACGCAAGAGACCGCAUGUCACUUCUGAGAAUGGCCCUCCUCCGGUGAAUACACAAUUCCGCUUCGACGCCAGCGUGGCCGGCUCGAUGCCGUUCAGCGAUGAAAGCAGCCCUCGUAGCAAGGUCGCUCACAAAUUCGGAGGUCUCGUCCUGGCCGACCGCAGCGUGCAUAGCGGCAGCAGAAGUGGGGGCGGGGUUGCAGCGGCAGCGGCACAAGCCCCUGUGCUGCGCGCGAGGACUGGAGUUGCCGGUAGCGAUGGGAACAAUGGUACGACGGACAGGAUGCAGAUAGACGAGGACGAGUCCAAGAUGAGGAAGCGCACCCGAAUAUCGCCUGUGCCAGAUGCAAAUACUGGCUCUGAGCCACCUACACCGCAAGUCGAGGACGAGGCCCAUGCGACGCCUAAUGCGCAAGAGAGCCAGCCCGACGGCGCAACAGAACUGACCGCCAUCCAACCUCGAGUCGCGCCGGCUGUCGAAGAUGCACCAUCACAGCCCGAUACUGUCCCACGAGUUGCGAUCGACCGGACACUCCUGAUCUCGUCCCCGAAGCCAUCUCCAGGCAAACUUUCCAGGCCCGCUCCCGCUGUCGAUCUCCCUGACGAGAUGCCCAAGACGAAAGCCGACCGAAAACGAGAUGACUCGCCAUCGGUCGCAGGUAACAACACCAAUAUCGACCCAGUUCGAGCCGCCCUGACCUGGCACGAGAACGAGAUCACAGUCUACGAUCCCGAGGACGAGGAUGACGAUGGCGUGGGGAUUAAUGGCAUCGGGUUUAAGCCGACUCCCGCUAUUGCAUACGCCCGCACCAUGAAGAGGAGGCAGCAACUGGCAGAGUACAGGAAGAGGGAAGAGAAGGAAGCCCGGGCCCGAAGGAGCCACAGGAGGCGGGGCAGCCCAGAGAAGCCUGUGACACCGACUUUGAAGCAUAAGAACCGGAGUGACAGAAAAGUACGGUUUACGGAGGCCGAGAGUACCGCGAUGAUUGAAACGAUCUGAUGACCAUUGCUUUGGGGGAGAAGGUUCUACAGUUGAACGAAUCACCGCCACAGGACCAUCGCUUAGGAGGAUCAUUUGGUGUUUGGAGCCCCGAUCAUCCAAACUUUUGGAUUAUCAGCCUCAGGCUCCACCCUCCCUCAUUGACACACGAGCGUUGUUCUGGAGAAUGGACAUUUUGUCAGGGGAGAGGGGGGGGGGGUGUUCAGCAGAUUCGCUUGCUGGGACGCGGUUGAAGGAGCAGGCUUUUGCGAUCGCGGGCUCAGAGCUCGAGAGAAUUGCUUUAAGAAAUUGCUUUACAGUAUACCCAUACAACGCCACAAUAAUGCAACUUAACAUUUUUCUCUUG